AGACUGGGAGGUACUAUCACAGCCAUGGGAGGUCAGACAGUAGGAGGGGAAUCCUCAGUGGGUCACCUAAUUCUUCGGUGGCACUCCUUCGUCACUUCUUUGUUGCUUGAGCCUUCUGUUUGAAACUGCUCCUCUUCUCAAAGGUCCUGCUCUGCCAGUUCUUUGAUCUUAUUCCUUUACCAAAAGAUGGCCUAAAGUAAUUUCAGCAACAGGGCAAAAUAGAGACGUCUAGGGGGAAUAUGACUGCUCUUAACUGGAAGCCCUUUAUAUAUGGGGGGCUAGCCUCUAUCACUGCUGAAUGUGGUACAUUCCCCAUAGACUUGACCAAAACUCGUCUCCAGGUACAGGGUCAAGCUAAUGAUGCCAAAUAUAAGGAAAUCCGAUAUAGGGGAAUGCUGCAUGCAAUUGUGAGGAUAUGGAAGGAAGAAGGCGUGAAAGCACUUUAUUCUGGAAUAGCACCUGCAAUGUUACGGCAGGCGUCGUAUGGCACCAUUAAAAUUGGCACUUACCAGAGCUUGAAAAGAUUGUUUGUUGAUUGCCCAGAAGAUGAAACGUUAGUCAUCAAUGUAUUCUGUGGUGUACUGUCAGGGGUGGUUUCUUCCUGCAUUGCCAAUCCUACAGAUGUUUUAAAGAUAAGAAUGCAGGCUCAAGGCAGUUUAAUCCAAGGAGGAAUGAUUGGAAACUUCAUCAAUAUUUACCAGCAGGAAGGGACCAGAGGACUGUGGAAGGGGGUAUCUCUCACUGCCCAGAGAGCAGCUAUUGUGGUUGGUGUGGAAUUACCUGUAUAUGAUAUCACCAAGAAGCAUCUGAUACUUUCAGGACUUAUGGGAGACACAGUCUACACUCACUUUUUAGCCAGCUUUACUUGCGGAUUGGCUGGAGCUUUGGCAUCAAAUCCUGUUGAUGUUGUGAGAACUAGAAUGAUGAACCAAAGGUCAAUACGCAAUGUGUCAAAUUCAAGUUACAAGGGCACUCUGGAUUGUUUAUUGCAGACUUGGAAGAAUGAAGGAUUUUUUGCGUUGUAUAAGGGAUUUUGGCCUAACUGGUUGAGACUGGGUCCUUGGAACAUCAUUUUCUUCAUAACAUAUGAACAGCUGAAGAAACUGAACCUGUGAUGACGGGAGAUUUGGUUCUAGCUGAGCAAUUUUGAAAGUUCAGAAUCCUACUUUGUUCAACUACUGGACUUCUCCACUAUGACUUGAAAUGUUCAUUACAGUACUGUAAUGUACCUGUUGCCGAAAGCCUGAGUGUAACAUGUCAGGGCGCCCCAUGAUACUGAUACAGUGUUUUUAGGAAUGUCACUUUGAUUUGGAAAAGUUGCAUCCAUAGAUUACACCCUCAAGAUGUUACGAAGCGGAACUCGUAAUGGGAAUCCACCUACAGAGUGACAAGAAAACCUUUAAUGGUCUGUAUUUAUCCAUAGAAAUAUCAUUUUUACCCAACAGUUGGCCAAAAAUAUGUAAGUCUCUGGAAUUUGUGUAUUUGGGAGUAAAAUGAAUCAAGCAAGAUUUACGUUAAAACUGUGGCUUUCGACUGGUUAGGUGUCUGUUACACCCUCUUUGGCUUGAACUUUGUUAUGUGGUCUGUUACACCUUCCUUCCUGAAACAUAUUCAUAUUCAGCAAUUUUUAGAUUUUUUUUUAUAAAAGUAUAAAUCUAAUUUCAAAACCAAAAUUAUAUAUUUAUAUAGAAAACCUAUAUAUAUGUGCUUGAGUCAUACUUAAAUUUCCCAGGCCCCACUAGAAGGGAUUUGUUGCACAUUUACACACUGUAAUGUGUAAGCCAAUUUUUUUUGUUUUGCCUUUUUGUAUGAAGACAGACUCCAAAAGACAAUUAUGUGUGCAAUAACCACAACACUCUCAGAAUUUUGUUCCAAAAAAAGAAAAAAUUCAGAAACAAGGCACCUUCCAAACACAAAAACCAACCGAUGGGCACCAUACGUCGCUUAGUAUUAUAAUGAAAAAAAGUUAAUUUUUUUGAGUUUUUGUUUUAAUGCCAUAGAACGCCCACCAAAGUUAGAGUGCUACUGACAGAAGUCCUUUUACUUCAAUGUUUUUUUUAGUACAUUCCACGUACACAUAUGUACACAUAUUUAUUGAAAAAUGCCAUUGCUGGUAAAAUGCUCUAAUGCAUAGUUUUUAUGUUUAUGUGCACAAGACACUUUUGCGUUUUUCUGCCACUUUUCUUGGUAUUUUGAGCAGCUCUGUGUGCUUUCUGGUGUGUGAAAUUCGUAAUGUUUUAGUUCAACUCUGUAAAGCUGAAGGUUUUCCAACUUGCCCAUUUUCUAUUUCAUUUGCAGUGGCAUGUGACAGGAUACCGACAAAGCUUCUAUCACUUUCGUUUUCUAAGCAACAUGAGUUAAAUCAGAGCACAGCCACAACGCAGAAAUGUUAAUAGUUUUUAAUUUUUAGUGCCCUUUUAUUAAGUAAAACUUAAAUAAACAUCAGCCCUUUAUUAGUAUCAAUAGCGGUCCAAAUGAUAAAAAUCUGUUACAAGCAUGCAUCAAUUGGUCAUAGCUUGUAGGUCAAAAUCUGAUGUGCGCACACAUGCAUAUUAAAGACUCGUAUGCAUAUAAAAAGUUUCAGGUUCAAAAUUGUCAAGUUAACUAAAUUCCAUGUAGCUAGCUAUGCUGUGCAUUAUUUUGUGUUUGAAAGGGCAGCAAAAAAUUGGCAGAAUUGCUGUGUCAAGGCUUUAAAACUGGGCAUACACAAAGAUCUGCUCAUUUGGUUGCAUAACAAGCAGAUGCUUGCCACUAUUCAACCAGCCAUGCAGAUGCUUGCCACUAUUGAACCAGCCAUGCUCUGGGCCAAUCCAGGCUGAUCAAAGUGUCUGACCCCUCCCUCAUGAUUGGAUCAUUAUGCAGGCCUGUCAGAAGCUAAUGCUGUCUCCUAACCUGCCAGAUAUGUGUCUGCAGGCCCCAACCACAGGCUCUUAAGUUGCUAACUUGGUCAAGAAAUGCCAAAUCAGCAUCUUAUAUCAGCCCAUUGAUAACCAUAAAUAAAUUGCAUUUACAUUCCUUCAGAACAAAAGAUACAUUGUUCCUGUGAGAGAGGACCUCUCAUAGCUGGCCUCUAAAACCCUACUUUCAGUUGGCAAUUCCCCAAGAACUGGUUAAAAUGAGUCCAUUGCAUCAUGCUAUGGCAAAAAAAGCCCAGCUUGUCACUUGCAUACAAGGUUUGAUACAAUGGCUACACUAAGGGAAAGCUAAAACUUUAUUAAAUACAUUAUAACAUUUGAAGCCCUAGGAGAAUGAUAGGGAAUGUGAGGAGUCCCACUGAUCUUUACUAGUGAAGGGUUCCAAUCAGGCUUUGGUAACUGCUACCAAUGGGUUUUGAUUACAGUUUAGAUUCAUCAAUGUCUUACAACAGGUUGACUGUGGAAGCUUGUUUGCAGAGUUACAUUUCAUCCCCAGAAUCCUUGUGCCUAAAAUGCUUAGAAAGCUGUGUAAAUACUUGUAUAAUAGUUGUUGUUAUUACUAGUUUCUGUAUUUAUUGUACAUUUUCUAUAAAGUGUGAUGUUGCAUUUGCUAGUUUUCCUUGUGCUUUGUGGUUGUUUCUAUCAUAACCAAAGAGGCUGCUAAUAAAAUACAGAAUGUAUA